AUGGUGCUCCUAAAUUCCAACGUCGGAAAGGGCCUCCGAUCUCGCAUGGAUGAAUACUUCUAUAUCGCUCUUGAGACGGCUAAAGUCCUCAAACUCCAACUUGAUGCCCUCCACCUCUCCAACCAGAGCUUGCCAGAUUGCAGACUCGGUUCGGUAAUGGACCAGACUCGGAACUCUGCUAUCAACUGCCUCCGAGAGAAGCUCGUGGCCUCCAUGAACAGCUACAAUGCUAUGAGAGAGUGGGAAACCUUUAUGCAGAAGGCGACCCAGGAGCAAGAGAUGAGGAGCCAAGUCCUGGCCACGGUUCACGACCUGGACACGUUUAAAGAGUUCCAGAAGCGGCACGACCCAAUAAAACACAUAGAGAAGAACUUGCAGGAGCUGCACCAGGUGUAUUUGGACAUGGCUUUGCUGGUCGAAUCCCAGGGCGAGCAGCUACGAAACGAGAGCGAUGAACCCAAACAGAGAAAGACACCUGCAACGGAGCUGAGAGGCGUGAACAACGGGAAGAAGAAGCUGAGAGGCGUCAAGUCUUACCGGAAAAACAUCCGCGGAUUGCGUUGGUUUACAUUGUCAAGGUGA